AGAGGAUGUCAAGCGCGUCCGACGUCGACACGGGAGAUGAAUUUAGUGCGCUUGGACAUCCGGAUGCAGGUAGACCUGUGUUGGGAUCCGCCGGAGAACGUCAGCCUCAUUUGGGAUCUAGUUCAAUAGUACCCACAAGACAUCGGAGCUAUGACAAACAGCUUGAUCUAACUGGAUUCGAUGAGAAGAUGCCACAGAACAACCAGAAUGAUGACUCGCGUUUGCCACAGAGAACAACUCACAAUCGACACAGUGACGCGGUGCGACAUCAAUCGAAAAAAGCAAAGAAGCAUAGGACCAAGGCAACUCACCGGAAAGGCGUGGAUGCUUUCAACGACUUAUUGCCUGGAUCUGAAACCGAGGAAUUGGAGAGGAAAUCUGGUGGAAAGCGCAAAAAGAAAGAAAAACGGGAUGUUCGAGAUUCUCGAUCCGACAAGUCGAGAGAAAGCGUCAUCAGAUCGAAGGAUGCCAUCGAUGUCCCUGGCUUAGUUGAAAUACCGACAGAAAAAGCUGACCUUGAGAGCAUUAUGUCCGGAGAUCACAAAGUCCGAGAGGCAACAAUGCCGGAAGUCGCACCAAAUAUUGCCACCGGGGCACAAGUAAUAAUAAAAUUACCAAUUAAAGUGUUGGCAAUCCUCAUGGAGCUGAAUCUACUUUGGUGGUUUAUGCAACUUUUCCUUUUCGUUUGGAUGACCACCUGUGUGGAUUACCAACUACGUGUGCGAGCACCGCUCGCUGAAUUCCCCGGUUACAGUCCAUUGAAAAUGCCUUGGUUGCCAAGCCAGUUGAAUAUGCGGAGUCGACUUUUAGCGGCAUGGCUAACGUUAGCUUUCGUCUAUUUACCGUUGGUGUUAUGCCACAUGUCGAGGUUUUACGACCGUCAACCCAAACAAAAAGAACGCAAGUUAUACAAAAAACAACAUGAUUCCAAGCCUUGGUAUCUCAACAGUCGUUACACACGUUUGCAAGAACCAAUGGAAGGCCAACCAUUCAACCUCUUCGUUCUUUUUGUCACGCUUAUACUUUGGAUAUUCUAUCUGUUUGUGUUCUUGAGCGAUGCGUUCUAUCCAAUGCAACAUAACUACUGGCACCGGACCAUAGACAAAUGGCUGUAUGAACUGCAACGAAAUUACUUCUUGGAGUUUAAAGCCCUAGCUGGGUAUAUCAAGCAGGAGGAACGUCUGCAAUCGUAUCACACUCCAGAUCAUGAUAACACUCCGGUUCUGAUCAUGGAUCUUCUACAAAGCAUGUUUGAGUGUUGUGGCCGAACAACAGGUUACAGGGAUUGGAAUUCCCCGCAUGUUUAUCGUCCAAAAAAUCACACCUACCGAAAAGCUCUUGGAUUUCCAAUCCUAAACGAACGUGUCUACUACCUUUUGCCGACGUUGACAAACAACAGCGUUCCGUUCAGUUGUUGCCGCUGGAAGCAUCAGAAUCAGCCGCUCACGCAUGUCGCAUGCGAUCACAUAAAGUUGGACGACCCGAGCACCGUGUUCAAUAGUGGAUGUGUUGAACCACUGACGCGUUUCAUCCAACACUACUGGAUGGGAAUUCAUUUGAUUCCGUUGCUGGUGGUGAUCCUGACCAUGAUACCACAGAUGCUUCUGUUCUCCGCCAGCAUUCAACCAAAGGAGCUACGGGUGCAGUCGGCUAACGCUUGGGAAAACUUCCAAGCAUACAUGGAACGCAGACGCAGAGAAUUUCAACUCAUGGGACGUGGAAUGUUCAGUAUGCUGUCGAGGACCAGCACACACCUGACGAAACAUAUGCGCGAAUCUAUUCGGAUGUUGGAGGAAGACAUGGAGACGGAUGAUGAUUACUAUCGCCUCGCUCGAGCAGAAGUGGCAGCUUCAGAACGAGAAAUAUACGAACGAAAAGAACCGAAGCGUAAGGAGAGAAAGAGCAAAAAGACGAAAGACAAAGGCAAAAAGGACACCAAGGCUGAAGGUCCUGUGAAACCCGUGAAACAAAGCAACAUAAAGCCCUCGCCCCAUUUGGAAAGCAAGCAACGUGGAAUGGGAGGUGCACCAGAGUAGACGUUCAACACAUCAAAAGCAUAUCGGUUUUAGUUUGGAAAAAGUAACCAGUCAAUCAACAUUAUGAUUGGCUCCCACAUGACAAAAGCAUUUCACCAUGCAGAGGAAAAUGCCACAUUGCAGAGAUAAUGGCACAUUAUCAAGCGCCACCCUGCAUUAAAUAAAUUUGGUUACUAUUGUG